AUGAUGUUGGGCUUUAAAAGUUGGACACUUUUCCUCUUUGAUGCAUUCCAAGGCCCACAUGUUCAGUGUGCCAAAGGUGAGAGGCAGCAUGUGCAAAGACCCUUCUUUUUGGCUGUCGGGGGCGGGUGGCUGAGCCAAUGCCGAAGACGGCGAGUGGCAAAUCUUCGGGCCACGGUGAGUGAGGUUGGCCAUGGCAUUCCAGACUUGGAACAUGUUGAUCCGGAGAUCGGGUCCUUGAUUAACAAGGAAAGGAUGAGGCAAAGUAGGAGCGUCAAUUUGAUUGCAUCCGAAAAUUACGCUUCUCCCUUUGUCUUUGAAAUUCUCGGGUCUGUCCUGAACAACAAGUACUCUGAAGGCUUGCCGGGUGCUCGCUACUAUGGCGGGAACUUUGUGAUUGAUGACUUGGAAAAACUAUGUAAAGAUAGAGCGCUGAAGGCAUUUAACCUGUCACCUGAGUUGUGGUCUGUGAAUGUUCAACCCUACUCCGGUUCUCCGGCCAACUUCGCCGUGUACACCGCGCUCUUGGAGCCCCAUGAUCGCAUCAUGGGGAUGAGCCUCAUGGCCGGUGGCCAUUUGACUCAUGGACACUACACCACCACGCGGAAGGUAUCUGCCACAUCCAUUUACUUCGAAUCCUUGCCCUAUGGCGUGGAUCCCAAGACGGGCCUCAUCGACUACGAGGCCCUCCGCGAAACGGCCAAGGUCUUCCGACCGCGCUUGAUCAUCGCGGGCGCCUCGGCCUACCCGAGGCACAUUGAUUGGGCCCAGUUUCGAGCGGCCUGCGAUGAAGUCGGGGCAUACCUGCUGGUGGACAUGGCGCACAUCAGUGGUCUAGUGGCCACCGAGCAACAUCCAUCUCCCUUUCGCUAUGCGGAUGUGGUGACCACCACGACACACAAGACCCUGCGUGGGCCGCGUGGUGGGAUGAUCUUCUGCCGAAAAGAGUUGGAACAGAAGAUCGACAACGCGGUCUUCCCGGCUUUGCAGGGUGGGCCGCACAACGCGACCAUUGGCGCUUUGGCCUUCCAGUUGCGCGAGGUGGCCAGUCCUGAGUUCAAGGACUACUGUGAGCGUGUGGUCGCCAACUCAAAGGUGCUGGCGUCCUGCCUCACAAAGCAUGGAUCGAAGCUGGUGACGGGAGGCACUGAUAAUCACUUGUUGCUUUGGGAUCUCAAGGCUGAAGGCUUGUCUGGCGCCAAGAUGGAGAAAGUCUGCGAAGAGGCGUCCAUCAUUGUGAACCGGAACACCAUCGCCAGCGACUCCUCGCCGAUUUCCCCAGGCGGCGUGCGCCUGGGCAGCUGUGCGAUGACCACACGCCGCGUGGACGAGGAGGGCUUCCGGAGGAUCGGGACCUACCUGGUGCGCGCACGAGACAUCGCCCGCGGCAUCCAAGAGAGGUCGGGGAAGAAGCUGGCCAAGUUCUUGGCAGCUUUGCAUGAUCCAAGCCUUCCUGAAAGAGAAGCCUUGACUGAACUUCAACAGGAAGUCGAAUCUUGGGCUGAAGGCUUGCACUUUCCAAGCUGA